AUGGCCAAAGCAAAAGCCCCUACAUCAUCGGGCGGUGGAAAAGCCGCAAAGAAGAAGAAGUGGUCUAAGGGAAAGGUCAAGGACAAGGCCCAGCACGCUAUCACCCUCGACAAGGCAUUGUUCGACCGUAUCAUUAAGGAGGUCCCGACCUUCAAAUUCAUCAGCCAAAGUAUCCUCAUCGAGCGAUUGAAAAUCAAUGGCAGUCUGGCACGCAUUGCUAUCAGACAUCUGGAGAAGGAUGGCCAAAUAAAGCGCAUUGUGCACCACUCCGCCCAGCUCGUAUACUCACGAACAACGGCUGGUACGGAUUGA